UCUCUCUGCCCUUUAAUGGGAGUUGUGUUGCUAGCCCAGAUGGUCAAUGCUGCAACAGUAAAUGUAGCGUUGAAAGGAGUGGCCACCCAGUCAUCAACAGAAUGGUAUUGCAUAGCUCAAAAUGCCAUUGAUGGGAACAGAGAAUCAGACGGUCAGAAAGGAUCCUGCACCCACACUGCAUAUGACACCAACCCCUGGUGGAGAGUGGACCUGCUGGAUGUGUACAGAGUGACAGCUGUCACUAUCACCAACAGAGGAGACUGCUGUCAUGAGAGGCUUAAUGGUGCUGAGAUCCGCAUCGGUAACUCACUGGAGAGCAAUGGCAUCAACAACCCCAGAUGUGUUGUCAUAUCCCUCAUCCAAGCAGGAGAGACCAAAACUGUCCAGUGUAAUGAGAUGGAGGGUCGCUACGUUGUUGUGGUGAUCCCUGACAGGAAUGAAUAUCUCACUCUGUGUGAGGUGGAAGUAUAUGGCACUCCUAGAGGUAAUCAUCUAUAA